CCCCUCCUGAUUGGCUUUGACAUCCCUGAAAAUGAUAAAACAUGGGAAAUUCUGUUGCUUCUGAAAGAUAUUUUGGAAAUGUCAGUGGCAUUCAAGUUCACUGAGGAUUCUCUUGAUUUCCUUAAUGCAAAGAUCGCAGAACACAGACAUUUACUUUUAACAGUGUUUCCUCAUUUCACAUUGCGCCCUAAGCACCACUAUAUUGAGCACUAUCCACAGCUCAUAAGAAUGUAUGGACCACUUAGAGAUGUAUGGACAAUGCGCUUUGAAGGUAAACAUAAAUUCUUCAAACAGGUAAUUCGCAGCACCAAAAACUUCAAAAAUGUCGCACAAACUCUGGCUAUCCGGCAUCAAAGACUGAUGGGUUACUAUGUUGACUCCCCCUCCUUUUUCAAGCCAUCCAUCCAGACGGAGAAGAGAGACCCAAUAUGGAGACAAGGACGAUACUCAGAGUGUUUGUUAAUGAAAAUGACAUUAGAAAAAUCACACUUCCUGUGAAACCACAGACAAUUGACUCACUAUUGGAACAACUUGAAAAGAAGCUGGGACUUCCGUUCAAGUUUUCACUUCAAUUUGAGGAUCCUGACUUCAAUAAUUCCCUUGUGAAUCUCACUGAUAUUGCUGACUUGCCAGAUAAGCCUACACUGAAGAUUGUCUCUCUUGUGACAACACCAACACCUAGCACAGCUGAUACUGAAAUCCUCUCUACAGAUUCUGAUCAUCCUUCAAGCCAGGUUAAACGAAGUGCAUGGCCAGAACCUUUUGAGAUCCCUACUUUCCCUGUUGACGUAGAAUACAGGUUACGUCAGGGAAAUCUACAGUACAUGCGAGAUCAGAAAUAUCUACAAGUGUCUGGAGAGUUGAAGCAUGAGAUCCUUGAGAAGCUCUCGGAGACUAUUUACAUUUUCAAAGCCUACCCAGAUAAGGAAAAUUUUGAGGAUGUUGCUGCUGCUCUGAUUAAAAAACAUCCCUGCCUUACCCUGCCUGGCUCCUGUAAGGGGUGGAAUGGGUGGUAUGAUAGCCUUAGGUGGAAAAUGGGGAAUUACCGCUCAAAAUUGCGACGCGCUGGAUGUUUAGAUGUAUCCAUAAAUGCAGGGAAAAGAAGAGGACAACAGCCUCAGAAAAGCAUAAAAAAAUCAAAAAGGUAUGAAAUCAAUUUUCUACCUAAUUUCCCUGAAGGUGAAGAUGAAACUAGCAUGGAGUCCAAAAGGAAGGAGAUAGUCGAAGAAAUGAAGAAACGACGUCCUAAUUCUAUGCUGAUAGCCCAGAACAUGAAUUCUACUUUCGCAUUACGUCGAAAAGAACUGAUAGAGAGGGAACCAGCUGUAAAGGACACUGUGGAACGGUGGCCAGCACUCUUUACGGAGAGUCAGGUUCUUGCGGAGUUUAGCCGUAUAUCUGGCAAAAACCUGCAAAGUGAAUUCUUUCAAGAACUUGACCGUUUCCUUCAACGUUUCCUUGAAAUCUUCAAGGCCAAAGGGGGAGACGUUGGCUGUAAACUCAAGAAGAUUCUACAACAGGUUGACAAUAAUAAAUCUGACACCAAUGGAAGGCGAACGGCUGUUCUUCAUGGCCUCCCACUUCUCCUCGGAGAGGACCCCACUGAUUUUUACAAUACGUGUUUCGACUGUGAUGAUGAAGAAGGGUUGUCCAGCAUUUCAAUCGGCAUUUUGACAGUGAUCCCUGAGGACUGUGAAUCCAUACCGUACUCACUGCACCUUGAUGCCGCAUCCAUUGCCCUUAUUUUGGAAGGUAAAAUUGUAAUGGAUAACCUGGGAAAUCUUCCCCAAGCCAUGUGCAUCCUCUUUGGGCUCAUUUAUGCUCUGAAUUUAGAGUAUCCCCCAGUACUGAAGAACACUUUUGAUUUCAUCCAGAGGGUGCUUUUGUCACUUGGGCACAAGUCUCUAAAGCCUAAAUUACAAUCCCUCAAAACUCUUCUACUGCAGUAAUGUAAAUGUGCCAUGACAGAGCAUUGUCAUUGUUCUUGAUUAACCAUUUUAAGUUUCAAAAAUGGUACAGCACAACUGAAAAUGUAUUCUAUUUCCUGUUGGAAAACUUACUUGAAAGGACAGUUCACCCACAUAUUAAAAUUCUGUUAUCAUUUACUCACCCUCAGACUGUUCCAAACCUAUGUAAAUUAAUUUGUUCUGCUAAACACAAAAUAAUAUAUUUGGAAGAUUGUCAGAAACUGAGCAGAUCUCAUCCCCCGUUGACUCCUAUAGUGUUUAUUUUCCCUACUAUGACAGUAAUUGGGGGAUGAGAUUUGUUUUGUAACUGACAUUCAUCCAAAUAUCUUUCUAUGUUCAUCAGAACAAAGAAAUUAAUACAGGUUUGGAACAAUCAGAGGGAGAGUAAAUGAUGACAGAAUUUGCUUUGGUAAGGGAGCUUUCACUUUAAUGUUAAUGUUAAACAUGCUUGAUGUUAAGUGUGUAGUGGUUGGUUUUAGUAACAUUUUAGAUGUUUUUUGAUGUUUGAUAAAGAGAUCAAAAACGCGUUCUUUACUAAAAUACUUAUAGUCUCCAAAGUUCCUCAGUACUUAAUUUUACCUCUGUGAAAAGGGGACAGCGAUUUUUCUUUCUUUUUUUAGAGUGUACUGGAAAAUGUACUUUGUUUCUUUUAGAAAACUUGACAAUUUAAUUAAUGUGAAGUGUUUUUUUUAAGUAAGACAAGAUAUCUUUUUGUUUGACAUUGUAAACUAAUUAAGUUUUUUUAAAUAAGUUUAUUUUCUGAGUAGUCUACUUUUGUUUCCAAAUUUGCAUUAUACCUCUUCAUAAAAAAGUUACAUUUGUGAAAAGGGGAGACUGAUCUAUUUUGCAACGGAGUACAGUAUGUGCAUUUUUGUUGAAAUUGUGUCAUGCCUCAAGUAUGGAGUUGAAUAAAUAUUGUUUUA